AAUUAACAAUAUUUUCCGGCCUUUUUUAUUUCUUAGAAAAAUAAACAAAAUUAGGGAAAUUAUUUCCAAGCAUUUGAUAUGUCAAAAAAGGUUAAAUAUGUAUUAUAAAAGAUGAAACAUAUGAUUUCGACUGAAUUAAAUUCUUAGUAGGUUUUUCUUGUUACAGUCUUCCAACAAGGAGCAAAGCCGAAUAAAUCAUGAUUCUACACACAAAGAUACACGACGGCAAAAGGAUGCAUCCUCCAGUAAUAGCAAUUACAGUGCCUUUCGGCAAUGGAGGAGAAGUACUUCCGUUGGUACCAAUCGGUCCAACAGUGCUGGACCAAGGAGCGUCAAUUCAAUCGUCAAAUUGCCGAAUGAUGCGGCUACUAUCAAAAAGAUGGAACAAUUUCCGCUUGUUCUUUCUGAUACCACUAUGCCUGAUGAGGAUUUAUCUUUGAAGUUUCUUGCAUUGAAUGCUUUGGAUCUUACUGCACCAGCUAGCGACGUAUUGCUAAAAAAUAGAUUGAAAUCUUGGUUUCAAUUAUCUGGACAUCCUGACGGUUUUGCACCUGCUGGACCUGGUACAGUAUGGAAAAGAAAAAGUGGAGGAACUGAGAAUACUGAACGCAUUGUAUAUGAAGCUUUAAGUAAAGAUGAAGCAUUUCGAGAUUGCAUUCCUAGGUAUUACAGGGAGGUCGAGUACAAAGGAGAUACAUUUAUCGAGUUACAGGAUUUACUAUUUGGUUUUAACGAUCCUCACGUGAUGGACAUUAAAAUGGGGACACGAACGUUUUUAGAAUCGGAAGUUUCAAAGACUAUGGCGAGACCGGAUCUAUACCAAAAGAUGAUUGCUGUUGAUCUGAAUGCACCUACAAAACAGGAACACGAACAACGUGCUGUAACCAAAUUACGAUAUAUGCAAUUUCGUGAACAACAAAGUUCGACAUGUAGUCAUGGAUUCAGAAUUGAAGCUAUGAAAUUACCUGGGGUACCGCCCAUCACAGAUCUGAAAAAAGUUAAAUCGCAUAAAGAGGUGUUAGGUACAAUGAAAAUGUUUCUUGGAAAGAAAGAGGAAACUCGUAAAAAUCUUCUGAUUCGUCUUAAGAAUUUAAGAACGAAAAUCGAAAAAUCUAAAUAUUUUCAAACUCAUGAAAUCAUCGGUAGCAGUAUCUUUAUGAUUUAUGAUAACGAAAAAGUUGGAGUUUGGUUAAUAGAUUUUGCAAAAACUUGCGAACUGCCAGAUGGCCUUAAAGUGACACAUAGACAUCCAUGGGAGCAGGGCAAUCACGAAGAAGGCUUUCUAUUUGGACUUGAUAAUCUUAUUUCUACGAUAGAAGAAGUAAAUGUUUCCUUGUGAAUGAUUAACUAAAAAGUGCAAAACUUUCUUUUUUCGCGUAUCUACUUUAAAUAAUUAUUUUUUUAAUUCUU